AUGCCCAAAGGGAAGCUACAUCUCAAACGAACACCCGCAGAGGAGGCAGAGCGCGAAUGGCGCAAGGCGCAGAAAGCCGCGCGCAAAGCCGCCAAGAAGAAACUUCAGUCCCGGUCUGACGACGAGGAGGCGGACUCCUACGACGAGCGCGAGCGCGCCCACGCACGCAAACGACGGCGCACGGAGGACGCGCAGAGCACAUACCAUGACAGCGACUCCGAGUAUGGUCCACAGCCUGCCGCUGCGUCUACCUCAGGGUCGGCCUCUGGCUCGGGCGCGGGCAGCCACCGCGCGCACAAGCCGGACUACGAGCGCAUCCAGGCGGAGAUCGAGGAGAUGCGAUUUCGGGACAAGUUGUAUGAGGCUCUGGGCGAGGACGAGCGGCUGGACUCCGUCGAGGCCUCGCUGAACACGUACGCGCACAUACCGCGGCGCUGGCGGGGUGGCGGGAUGGAGCGCAUGGACGACGAGGUGGGCAUCGAUCCGAAGUACAUGGAGGACGAGGACUAUGCGGAGUGGGUGCGGUCGGGCAUGUGGAGGUACAAGCAUGCUGCAGAACACGAGGAGCAGAUGCGCCGCGACGCGGAGCGGAAGGCCCGUCGCGAACGCGAGAAGGCGGUCAAGGAGGAGACACGGCGCAUGGAGCGCGCAGCGGAGGAGGAGCGCCGGAAGCGCAAGAGCGUUCGGGAGCAGCUUCGCGCAGUCGAAGCUCGCGAGUUCUACGACACGCGGUGGAAGGAGCUGCUCGCGCCAGACACCACAGCGAAGGAGGGCAGCCUGCGCUUCCGUGACGUACCUUGGCCUAUCAUGCCUCCAAUAUCGUCGAGCAAGCACGAAGAGCACGCUGCCGUGGUCAUGGACGACCUCACCGCGGAAGCCAUUUCUGCGUUCCUUCUACCUCCAGAGGUGGCCUCGCACUCCGACGCCGAUGUCGCGAAGAAGGAGCGAAAGGAGAAGUUGCGGGAGACGAUGCUGCGGUUCCACCCGGACAAGUUCGAGGGCCGGAUAAUGCGGCUGGUGCGUGACAAGGACAAGGAGUGUGUGAUGGAGGCGGUAGGAAUGGUGGCUCGCUCGCUGAACACCCUUAUGGGAGCGAGCUAG